GCAGCUUCAGAAACGGCGUCGGCGCUGCCUCCGCAACCGCGUUUCAAACCAAGGGAUCGAGCGCGGAAUUGAGGGUCGCGGCCGAGGCGAGCCGACAGGUGACGAGGUUUGGCUGCAAGGUGGGAAGGGCUGAAUCCGCCCAGGGACGAGGAACUUUUCAGAAGCCGGCAGCGAAGCCUCGCCACCCCCGGGAGAGAAAAACCGGCCCGAUUGCCCUUGAAGAGUUGCUGGGUCCCCAAUCUCAGGAAUGGUCGGAAUUUAUUAUUAUUAUUAGUAUUCAUAUUUUAUUUGGCCUUCUUUCAUGAUUUCUUGAGAGUGCCCGACUGCCCCCUCCAGGGAGGCGAUUUCGCAGCAUGGAACCCGAGACCUCGGCGGCACCGCGUUAAGACGGCGGCGGCAUUCAAGCCAGCCCCCGCUUUCCCCUCAAAGUCCCACUGAGAGGAUCGCGCGGGAAACCGCUGAGUAAGCCGGCCGGCGCCUGGCGUUGCCUUCCCCGCCUUCUUGUCACGCUUGCUGCGCCUGGAUCGCGGCGUCUAAAACCCGGCGGAGUUUCGGAGCGCGAGUCCCUCCUUCCUUCAAGCGGUGCGGGGGCUGCCAGCGCCGGGCACGUGCUCGCUGUCAUUCCGAGGGCAGCUCUCCGGGGCCGCGUCUGCCCGCCGUCUGCCCGCUCCACGUGCUGCCGGUCCCAGCGAGCGAGCGACCCUCUCCCCUUCCCGGGGACUAGGUUGUACGCCCGCCGCUCCUCCUUCUCCUCCUGCUUUUCCUCGAGCUGCCGUCGCCGCUGCCGCCGCCGCCGCCGCCGCUGCCUGGGACUAGCCGCCGCCCCCUUCUCCGGUGGAUGCCGCCGGGAAGCGGGCGGAGCGCGCAGCCGGGGAGGGGGGCUGCCGCGGCCGCCGGAGUACAUGCCAGUGCCCUCUCCUCCUCUUCCUACCAGAAUGCUCUACUUCCAGAUGGUGAUCAUGGCAGGGACUGUGAUGCUGGCUUAUUACUUCGAGUACACCGACACCUUCACGGUCAACCUGCAGGGCUUCUUCUGCUACGAGAGCGCCUACCGCAAGCCUUACCCGGGCCCGGAGGAGAGCAGCGCGGUGCCCCCCGUUCUCCUCUACUCGCUGGUGGCGGGGGUGCCAGUCUUGGUGAUUAUUGUUGGAGAAACUGCAGUGUUUUGCUUACAGAUGGCCACACGGGAUUUUGAAAACCAAGAAAAAACAAUAUUAACUGGAGACUGUUGCUAUAUAAACCCACUGGUGCGCAGGACUGUCAGGUUCCUUGGCAUUUAUGCAUUUGGACUUUUUGCAACAGACAUAUUUGUAAAUGCUGGACAAGUAGUAACUGGGAAUCUUGCACCUCACUUCCUUGCACUUUGCAACCCCAAUUACACAGCUCUGGGAUGUCAGCAGUUUACAGAAUUCAUCAGUGGUGCAGAGGCUUGCUCUGGAAAUCCUGAUCUUAUCAUGAAAGCCCGAAAAACUUUUCCUUCCAAAGAAGCAGCUCUGAGUAUAUAUGCAGCAACAUACAUCACUAUGUACAUCACCCACACGAUAAAGGCUAGAGGGACCAGGCUGGCAAAACCAGUCCUUUGCUUGAGCAUAAUGUGUAUGGCAUUUCUCGCUGGUAUCAACAGAGUAGCAGAAUAUCGAAAUCACUGGUCAGAUGUGAUAGCAGGAUUUCUAGUCGGUAUUUCAAUAGCUGUGUUUUUGGUGGUAUGUGUGGUUAAUAAUUUUAGAGGUAGACAACCAGAACAUGAACAGUCACACUUGGACAAUCUGGGACAGAUGUCUAUGAUCAGCAUCCCUCGGGUAGAACAUUCUGUAGUAAAGAACCACAUCACAGCCUUUGCAGAAGUCACAUGAUGGAGAAAGGGAUGUCUACUCCCUACAUUGGACGUCAUCUCUUUUCACAGUUCACUCGUAAUGACUGAAACAAUUUCAAUAUUAAAGAAAAAACCGAUUUGGUCUUAGAAUCUGAUCUCACAGCAUUAAAAUUUACAGCAACCUAUGAAGAAUAUGCCUGAGUUAAGAAUAUUUUCCAACUCCAAUCAAAACCAUUGUACCAUUUAGGGACUGGGUGGGAAAGGGUGAACCUCAGCAUGUCAUAAAAACAUACCAUUUCCCCUGUUCUGGCAUAUUUAUUUCUUAACACGGUCAUGUAAGUAUUAGACUGUAUACCAAGGAGAUCUGGUCUUCAAAAUUCAGCAUGACACUCCCAUUUAAACUGAUUUCAGUGUACACUUUUCUAAAAGAAUCUUAUCCAGAACUCAGAUGCCACUGGCACUUCCUAUUACAUAUUUCUCAUACCACAUUUCUUAAGACUGGUGCUUCUGUUUUUGAAGAAAAAAAAUGCCAUUUAUACUCUAAUAAGUAUUCUAUAGUUAUUUUAAAACAAAUUAUUUAUUUCGAUAUUUUCCUGACUUCAUGUGGUUGAAUAGUUGAUUUUGUAGUUUUUCAAUAUCUUCAAUGUACCCUGUUGUUAGGAUUAGAAAUGAGAACAUGUAGACAUUGGGGUAGAUUAUUCUUUUAUUAUCAAACACUAACUGAAAGUUUAUAACUCCAAACCUGUUGCCAGCAUAUUCAUAUACCUAUUCAUUCGUAACAUACCAUUGCUAUUCGUGGAUAAUAGCUAAAGGUUAGAAAACAUACAUAAAAGUAGUUUCAAAGCCCUUAAUUCUGUCCUUUACAUAUUGGGAGCAAUAAUUAGAAUAUUUUUGUUCCCAGUGGGGGCAGAGGACCUUAUAUGCUUUUAUUUUAAAUUGAUACCAUUCUCCACUCCUGCUUAGUGCUGAAACAGCAAUCAUUCUCCCCUCCCAUUGUUUUUUUUAAACCUCAGAGAAUAAAGAUUCACAGAAAAGGGUGGCAGGUAAAACAAAUGACAGACAUUGCUAUCUUGUAACCAAGGCUUCCUCUUUGACCAGUAGAUGAAAUAGAAUUGUGCAAUAUUUCUCUGUUACCCAGGAUAUCUCUAUAGUCUCUACUCUAUAGUAGGUACAUUAGAUUUAGGGACAAGAAUAAGUUACAGAUCAUGUGCAGUGAUCUCAACCCAUUCGCCUCAAAUAAUGUGUGAUUUUUGAGGAGCAGUUCACUUUUUAAUAGUCUAAAUUCACAGCAUUUGAACACUCUCUUUAUAUGUUGGCUUCCAUUUCAUUUCUUCCAUUUCCUAUCCCCCACCCCCACUCAAAAAAGUUCCAUUGCUGUGAUCCACCUUAAAUAUAGUCAUGGUGCAGUUAUCACUUUUAGUAUAAUAGUUAUAAAAAGGUGUCCUAUAAUAUUAGUUCCCUCCUUCAUUGACAUGAAUCAAAAUGGAAUUUUAUCAUGGUAAGAUCCUAUCCCAAACUCACCUCUUCUACUAAUACAUGGAAAAUUCUCUAGCCAAAUCUAGCUUCAUUGUAUAUAAUGGCCAAAAAUUGCUUAUGCCUUUCUUGAAAAUAAGAUAUAGGCUCCCAAAUAAUAAUAAUAAUAAAACAGUAGGGAAAAUAAAACUGGGCUGUUUUACAUCUUGAAAGGCAGAAGAUUUAAUGUUUUAUAAUUUCAUUAGUUUGGGUUCUGUAGGUAAUAAGAGACUUUUAAAAGGUUUUUUUUAAAAAAAAAAACGGUCUUCAAAAUAGUAUCAAGUUGAACCAAAGUGUUACCAUCCUUUCAAAUAUUUAUUCUGUAUCUCAGGUAAUCUUUUUGAAUAGGCCAGGAAAGCAUCAGACAAGAGAAUUAAGAGAGAGAGAGAUAAGUCUAAUGCAUAACUGUAUAUAUGUUCUAUGUUUUUUUAAGACUCAGUGAUUAUAAAAUUCAACACACUUUUACAGUGUGUCACCAGUCUUAUUAAAAAUCAAAUAUUAAUGCCUAACUCACCUUGGCGAUCUAAGAUUGAGGGGAGAUGCACAGCAUCACCUAUAUAAGUUACAUUUUCAAAAUUACUUACUUUUGGAAGAAUUCCAGCAUAAAUGAAAUAUUUUAAAAUACCUAUUUUACUAAAAAGUUAAGACACACACCUGAUUUUAUUUCACUUAAAACAAUACUACUUAAAAUGCUGUGCUUUAGUUGGAUCAGGGCGUUUUCUGUCUAUUCAUUAUUUGGAAUAUGCAUACAAGCAAACCCAACAGAGAGAGAAUCCUGUUUUUUGAUGAUCAUUGAAAUGCUAACUGUACCGUGAAAGUACAAAUGUAGAUAGUAAAAAGUAACAAAAGGUUGCAGUGUGUUUGAGGCAUAGCUAUCCAUGUUUUACCCUUAGAGAGAGUGCUUUACCCUAGACAAAAAGAUGAAAUCUGUGUAGUACAACUGCCAAUUUAAAAAAAGAUGAAUACCCGUAUGGCAAUCUGUGAUAAUCUACAAUUAUUCCCAUUUCAUUUUUUUUUCAAUAGUACACAAAUCAGUUAAAUGAUACCAUGAGCAAUUAAAAAAAAAAUCUACAGUGUUAGGACAAUCAUAUGGCGCAGCCUUUUCCUGAUACUGAUACCACAGAAUAUAGAUUGGUACAAAUAUUGUUUGCAAUUUUUUGCAAAUUAAAAUCUCUCUGAAUAUAAGAAACAAAGGUCACAAAAAGCAGUUGCUGCAAUAUUUCUGAUAGGCAUAGGGCCAUUGACUUUAAAAUUUGGUAAUAACUGCAUUAAGACUGAAUUUUUCCACCUAGUCAACUAACAUAGCUACAAUUCCUUUCUUUUUUUUUUUUUUUUAUUGAAAAUUUUUAC